CAUCCGUCCGUCUGCUCGUCGGAUUCGUAAAACGGAUGAAUCUGUAACUCGCUGUAGGGCGCCGUCCGGCAUGCCCUGUUUACGGUGAGGUCGGAGCACAACCCCCCGGUCCAGCUCAACGGUCCUGAAUAUAAACUGCCAAUCCAGGGAUCAGAAGAACAAGGACAGACAAGAAGAGCGAGAGAGCAAGGGGAUGUUGACUCAUCCCUCUGACUCGCUCCAUCAGAUUGUUUGUCCAAUGGAUGAACAUGAUAUUUCCCCAAACAAUUUCUGUAGUGAACCUCCACCACCUCUCCUCCCCCUUUCCUCCGUCACUCCCAGCUGUGCAAAAAAUGGGAUCUCGGGAAGCCGAAAGAGUUGUCGCAUUCAAGAGAUCAGGGCGCCGCCCCCUAAGAAGUCGAGCAACAGAGCGGCUCAGAAACCACUCCGACACAAUCCGGCCCCCACCAAGAGACCAAGGGAAACCGCCGACAUGGUGUCACAGGCCAAGCAGCAAAGAGUCGAAGGCAGCCGUGCACAUGAGGCCCAGGAGGAGGAUGGGUUCGAUGUGAGAUUUGAAGCAGAGUGCCGAACUAAGCAAAGCGACCAGAGGGGCCCGGAGACUGAAGUAAAUGUGGUUGAGCGUUGUGCGGCGGAUGCCACGCGGCCUCUUGACACCAUGGAGACGUUGUCCAUGGACACCAUGGAGACGUUGUCCAUGGACAACGCGUCCCCCCCAAAGGGAUGGGUGAUUGGACCCUUGUUUCAGUCAUUCAGGUCCAAGAUGGCCAGUUUCACAGAGAUCGUCAUGACACCCGUCAAGCUCUUCAGAGCCAACAGUCCGCCACCAUUCACGGACCUUCCAGACAAACUCGACGAGUUGGAGCUCGAGGCCGCUGGAGCGUCUGAUGACGAGCGCUCGCAGCCGAGUGACGCGUGUCCUCCAGGAGCACAAGAUGAGGGGGCGGAUCCGGAGAGGCUCAGCGACGUGCAAGCGGCCCGAGGCGCGAUGACUGUCGCUCUUUUAUAUUCGAAAAAGUUGUCGUUUGAUGAAGAGUUGCCAGCGCACGGCUCCGAACAGGUGGGCGGCUGUGCAACAACGCAAAAAGAAAAGGAUUUGCCUGAUUCUGUGCCGCUAGAACGCCUGUUACCCAGCAGCGUUCCCGAGGAAGCGUCAGACUCUGGAGGGUCCGUCAACGCCUCAAUAUUGUUGCAGCCCUCUCUCAACGUAAGUGCCUCACGUGAAGCCAAGUUAGAAAUGUCUGGUGCUGCCGAGGACCGAACAUGCCGAUGGACGGUCCCGCUGAAACAACUGUCAGGGAAAUGUUUAGUAAAGAAAGUUACCUCUAAGACUUCAACAUCCAAAGUAAAAAAGGAGAAGUCUGCGGUCGGUGAUGAGCAGGUUACUCUCGUGAAUUCAGUCCAAAUUAACAAAGCUGAUUCCAGCUGUUCAGCGCCACCCGACACCGUCCGUCCUCAGCCGGAUGUUUGUGAAAGUAGGACAAUAGAAGAUAUGGAUCGCCCCGGCAACCUGAGAAACUCGAAUGACCUCGCUAAUGGAGUGACAACGAACCCUUCUUUGGAUCCUCCGCUGCCAGAUUGUGAGUUAAACCCUAAAAGUUACUCCGCUUCAUGUCUGGGGAGAGAAAAGAGAGGAGUUCAACUGGACUACCUCUCCAAAGACUUGAUAAAGAAGAGAAGACAAGAGCCAUGGAAUGUGGCUUCGGGUGUCCGCAUAUUGAGACCACAGAGAAGAGAAGUUGUGUCGACCACCGUAGUCCAUCAGGGAGAAACUCCGAAGCUUGUCGAAAUAAGCGAGUCCGUUUCAACAAGAGCAAAUAAGAAAGGAAGCAAUGGACCGGAAAGACUUGCUACAGCAAAUGAAACCGUUUUAAUCACUGAAAGUUGCUCCCUGGAUAAAAGCAGCGGUGUGUCUGAGAACAACCUAAAGGUAAGCAGCAGCCGGCCAGCGCCCAGUGGUCCAUGCAAAAAGACAAGAACAGGCCUCAGUAAACCCGACGUAGACAUCGAUAACCGUAUGGAACUGGAACCCAGCGUGGCUGCCGCCUCGACGAAGCAGGCGGAGCAGGAGAAGCUGUCAGAGGCUAUAAUGCCGCUGCAGAGCACGAGCAAGCGCAGGAACAUCGGCAAGAAACCAGUCAAACGGAAAUCCCCGAGCAAAUUCGGCUUGAUUGCACAAUCGGACGGCACUUUGUUUACUGUCUCGCCAGCACCAUCGGCGGGGCCGUUGGAUCUCCCGCCCGCAGAUCUGAACGUUCAAAAAGAGGAGAGCUCAGAGAAGGGGCUGACCAUGCCGUCCAAGAGAACCAAAAAGCAUUUCCGAGUUGCUGCUUCAGGUGGGAGUCGAGUGACCGGAAUCCGUGACCUUCGUCCGAUAGCCAAAGCGAACCAGACCGAUGAACGCAAAGGUAAAGUCUCAAUGCACCCUGUGUAUUUUGAAAUGACACCUUUUGAAAGCAAUACCCCACCUGUUCCUUCGUCCUCCCGGCCCAACGGUUCUGCACAAUCAAAUCAUGCCGCUAAGCACGCCGCCGAUGGGAGCGAGGAGAGCGCUGCUGCUGUGUCGGAUGAGUUAUUUCCCUCAGACGCCUGCAGCAUCAGCGUCCCUGGGUCUUCUGCACGAGGGGUGAACAUUAAGCCAAGAAGAGCAGAUAAAAAAAGGAGAAGAUGCCAGGUUUUGCACAGCAGUGCGUGCGAAGGUGGCGAGGUGACCAACGCCGCCGCCGUGGACGCCGCCGCCCCGGCUGCAGCGAGUUCCCACACGCAGGGAAAGGACUUGUCGAGGCGCCUGUUGCGCAGCUACUCCUGCCCCGAGAUCCCCUCCCUUCGUCUCUAUGACACCCCCUCGCCUUCGGCUCUGCAUUCCCCCCAUCACGGCAGGCUCCACGCAGCGCAGCAGCACCGGGCCCACCACGCCCACGAGUCCCUCCGGCGGGCUCGUCGCCACACGGUCUGCAGCGUGGAAGUGGAGAGGGAGAUCGCCCCGCUCUGCCUCCGCAAGGAGGUGUACCCGUCCAGGAGGUCCCUCCCGUCCGCCGCAGCCACCCAACUCCUGGGGUGGUCUCCCAGUCUCUCUUCCGGCACCUCCCUCGCCGCUCUGGCUUCCAGCUUCCUCUCCAGCCCCCUGGCUUUCCUCUCCAAGAAAGCGAGCCCCGGCAAUACCGCCCUCGCGUCGUCCUCCUCCUCCGCCGCCUCCUGUUCUCCGGUGCCGAGGGUGUUCCUCUUUAGAAUGGACUCGUCCACUUCUGCUGCGUCGGACUACAGUAGCCGUGGGAAUCCGUUGGAGUGCGAGAUGGAGAGAAGACAACGCAGUGAGGAGGAGGAUGACGGCGAGGACACCAGUUCGUCCAGCCAGGAGUCUGAAGACGUGGGGUUGAGAGAGGAAAAGGCUUUGUCCGAUUCUGAAAUCAGGGUGGGACAAAAGCAUGAGGAACGAGGAAAAGUGUCAUCUAUAAAAAUUCGGAAGACUUUACCCAAACCUCAGAACAACCUGACCCCCAUGGGCCUGCCCAGACCCGUCAGGCUGAAAAAGAAGGAGUUUAGUUUGGAAGAGAUUUACACCAAUAAGAACUUCAGCAAACCCCCUGAGAGCCGGCUGGAGACCAUAUUCGAGGUGCCCCUCAGUCGGCGGGACGGGUCCGAGUCCUGGUACGGCCAGAGGCGGGUCAAACGAUUCCUGGAGUUCCUGGAUGCCGGCGAGGUCAGAAAGCCAAAGAAGCCCCUCGUUGGUGUUGGAAAGGCAGGUGUCUCGUCCUCCAGGACGAGACGGGGGGGCUUCCCCAAAGACGAGGCGUCCCUCUGCGCGCGGGAUGUGGACUCGCUUCUCUGUGCCAAGCUGGAUCAGCUGACUCUGCUGUUAAUAGAUGAUCAAAAAGACAGCUGACGGACGCUUCUUGGAAGGCCUUUGUUUGGCCGCCACUCAAAAUAAACACUGCGAGUUAACUCCGUUUCUCCCUUAUUCUCAACCUCCGUGUCAUUUGAAGAACUACGUUUUGAUGAGGUUUUUGUAACAUUUUGCAGCCUUUGAGUCUCAGAACGACGCAUCAGAGGACGCCAACUCGUGGAAGUUGGUUCUAAAGAUGCCGGUCAACCGUCCGUUUGUCCCCUGGCAGCUGAGUGAAACGCUCCUGGUUCAAACAUGUGUACAGUAGCAUAACAAGUUCAGUAUGUCUUUGUUUUCAGUCCUGGGACUAACCCUCCCUGAGUGAGCGGUGACCCUCAUCAUUAUUUUAAUUAAAUCCAUAAAGGCAGCUGUUUUAUUAAAUGCUGAGUAUAAUGCAUUUUACGUACCGGAAAGAGAUUUGUAUUCGCGGUUGGCCUUUUGUACAACCAACUUUUUGUUCAUGAUUUAUGGUGUGUGAAGUGUCAUUAAGCACUCAGUCAGCUCAGUUCAAAUCUUACUUUAUUCGUGUGAACUUUGUGGCUAAAGAGGUUUUUGUUGUAUGAAAAACAGCUUGGAAACAAUAUUUUCAGAUUCCACUGCUGGUUGGCUUCAGAUUGCUUGUGGUUCUCUGGAUCGUUUCGUGCCAUAUAUAUAUUUGUACUGCGAACGUAUCUUCUUGAUAAACUGUCUAUGUAUGUCAUUUUUCUUUUUGGCCAAAUUUCAUUGAGGUUGCCUUAACCGUAAGAGGUUUAAAUAGCUGGGUUUUUGUCGGCGGGUUGGUAAUCGUUCUGAGAACGUCGGGUCAAGAUCCUUCAAACAAAUCAAAGCACAAAGUGUUUUUCUUGUGAAAUAGUUUGUUUAUAUAAAAGUACAACAGCUUGAUACAUUUGACAACAAAGCUAACAUGGUAACAUAUGGCAAUAAGAUCAGGGCCUUCACAUGUAGAUCUAGGAUUGGGUCUUUACUGGGGACAUACAAGUUAAUGUCGGGACAUUUUAGACAGACGGAGUAAUUUAUUAACUUGUACUGUAAGAAUAUGUUACCCUUAAGGAUUGGGUUUGUAAUGAAGAUUGACAUUCUAGUAUUUUAAAUAUAAUGUGUCAUGUCCCAAACUACAGGUACCCCUGGAUUUUUAUAUUGUUAUUUGGAUUUGUCCAUGUUCAUAUAUUGUUGAAUAAAUAUUACCGCAUAUAAAAAAAGAAA